AUGUCAGCUAUUUAUAAAACGCUGUCCAAGGACAGUACUAAGAAAUCAUCAUCUAGCGAAAAUGGUGAAGCCAACGGCACUACAACUUACAAAAAUAGACAGAGAGUCCUUGUGAUCUCGUCAAGAGGUGUAACUUUCAGACAUAGACACUUGAUUAAUGAUUUAUCGAAUAUGAUGCCCCAUGGUAGAAAAGAACCUAAAUUCGACACUAAAUCUAAACUUUACCAAUUAAACGAAAUUGCAGAAUUGUACAAUUGUAACAACAUCAUGUACUUCGAGGCUAGGAAACACACUGACUUAUAUCUGUGGUUAUCGAAGGCUCCUAACGGACCCAGUUGCAAAUUCCAUAUUCAAAACAUUCACACCAUGGACGAGUUAAAUUUUACAGGCAACUGUUUAAAGGGAUCUCGACCGAUUCUGUCCUUUGAUAGCACGUUUGAUGAAACACCUCACAACAGACUUGUUAAGGAGCUAUUCCUUCACACCUUUGGCGUUCCACCGAAGGCUCGUAAGUCGAAACCAUUCAUUGACCAUGUCGUUACUUUAAGCAUUGUUGAUAACAAAAUCUGGUUUCGUAACUAUCAAAUCUCUGAGAAUGCAGCCACCAACGCAAAUGAUGAACGCAAGAACAAGGGUGAGACUGAAUUAUCAUUAGUAGAAAUCGGUCCUAGAUUUGUCAUGACUCUUAUCACUAUUCUUGAGGGUUCAUUUGGCGGUCCUGUCAUUUACGAAAACAAGGAAUUUGUCUCACCUAAUUUUGUCCGUGCUCAACUCAGAUCUCAACAAGCCGCUGCUGCCAAAUCUCGUGCUGAAGCUGCUCUUAACAACCGCAUCAAGCGCCGUGAAGCAGUCCUUGCUGCUGAUCCUCUUUCAAAUACUGUUCUAUUUAAGCAGUAA